AUGAAUGGCAAGCAAACCCCUAACAACGAUUUCCCGGAGAAACACGGGUUCGAAAAAGUAAAAUCAAUAUUUGAUUCUCAGCGUGCUUUCCAACAAAACUUACUGAAAUGUUCUGUUCCUGUCUUUGAUCCAGACUUCCCAACGAAAAGACUAAGAACCGAUAGCGAUUCGCCACUCUGCAACGAGGCGUCUUCCUUAUCAGACUCCGAGUUUGUGACGUCUGUUCUUAUGAACGAAAAUUCUAACAUGUCUAAUAUGUUUUUAGGACUUCAUUCGCUUUGUCACGUCGCAAAGGAAUGUCCAUCUCUUGGACAACGUUCAAUAUUUCUUCUUUUUUUUGGACGCCAUGAGUUUGAAUCCAAUUUGCCCGUAUUUAUCUCAGGAUCGACGGAAGUUUCGAGAAAGACGUUCUCAAAUUUGUUAGCCGCAAAAAGCCCUCUUUCUAUUGAUGUUAUUAAUUUUCACAACCACGACAACACCAAAUUUUUAUCCCGCGAUUUCAAACAGUUUAUUGCAAACCAGAUCCAAGAUCAUGAGAUCGGGGCUGUCUAUUUUGCUAACGGACGAAGCAUUGAUAAAAUUGUGGUGGAUUGUGAAGAGGAUGUGUUGCGAUUCUUGGAGAAGUUCGACCACGUAGGAGAUAUGGCGUCUUUGAGAAGAUGUAUGGACGAAAAUUCGAUCAAUUACUCCACCGGGUCGAACGACCUUAUUUAUGUGCAGAACCUGUUCUACCAUUUCUACUUGUGUAAAAACGACAUCCUAUUACAGCCCAUGUCUGAAUAUGAGUUUAAUGCACCAAUAGAGAGAGGGCUUUUUGCAGCCUCGUUUUUCUUCAUGCUUGGGCGAGCAGAAUCCAGUACAUCGACAUUACUAUACAUCAACUUCGCUAUGUCACGAGUUAUGCUGAUGCUAAAGAUGAGUUUGAAUUUAAUUUAUCUCAGGCUCGACGGAAGUUUCGAGAAAGACGUUCCAUCGUAUAACGUCGGGCUUAGCUCCUUCACCGUUCCCAGAAAUCUUCUAACCCAUGCACCAUCAAGGCCCUUCCAAUCGUCUGAAUGUGGUGAACGAUGGCACGGUUCAGCCUCAAAAAAUCUACGUAUGACCAGUAGUCAGAAUCAAGGCUUUUCAAAUAUAGUCGUACUUCGUUAUAUUACAGGGUCGGGAAACAGAAAUCUGGUGACUAUAAGCUGCGACUAUGGAGGUCAAAUUUCUUAUACUUUAAUAGCUGGUACUGGUAAAGAGUGUAACGAGGUGCGACUGUAG